CUGCGAAAAGAUGCUGAGGAGUUUGAAGGGACUUCUCUCCCAUCCCCUAAAGCUGGACCAUGGCUGUGCCCUCCAUGUGGCAGCCAAGGAUUGCUUAAGUGCUGCUGUCAGCCAGGAUGUCCAAGCCCCAGCACCGACACCGAGAGCAAUUUUCUACACCAGUGAGAGCAACCCGGCCAACCACGGAGAGCAGCACGAGGGGCGUCACUACAGCAUUCCACUGGAGGAGGUCAGAGCUGUGUUCCCACAUGGACUGCCCUAUCGCUUCCAGCAGCAGAUUAAGACCUUCAACGAAGCCUUCCUGAUGGUGCGGAAACCAGCUCUGGAACUCUUCAGCUACCUGAGGAGCUCCAACUUUGCACACCCGGCUGUCAGAUACGUGAUCUAUGGUGAGAAGGGAACAGGGAAAACCAUGACCCUGUGCCACGUCAUUCACUACUGUGCAAGGCAAGGCUGGCUGGUGCUGCACAUCCCCGAUGCUCAUCUCUGGGUGAAGAACUGCAGGGAGCUGCUGCAGUCUUCCUACAAGAAAGAACGUCUUGAUCAGCCUCUGCAAGCAUCCUCCUGGCUCAAGAACUUCAAAACCUCCAAUGAGCGCUUCCUAAAAGAGAUAAAAACACAGAGAAGAUACGUGUGGGACAAAAGAGAAAGCACAGAGCAGGGCAGGCCGCUGGGUGAAGUGGUGGAGCAGGGUUUAGCUCGUGUGAGAAGUGCCAGCGAUGCUGUCGGGGUUGUGCUGAAGGAGCUGAAGCAGCAAAGUCACCUGGGCUCCUUCAGGCUGCUCGUGGCAGUGGACGGCGUCAACGCGCUCUGGGGACGGACGACGUUAAAGAAGGAAGACAAAAGCCCUGUCUCUCCAGAGGAGCUGACGCUCGUGUACAACCUGAGGAAGAUGAUGAGGAAUGACUGGACCGGAGGUGCCAUCGUGACCACGCUCAGCCAGACCGGCUCCCUCUUCAAGCCCAGCUUGGCCUAUCUGCCCCAGGAGCUGCUGGGGAAGGAGGGCUUCGACGCCCUGGACCCCUUCGUGCCCAUCCCUGUCCCCAACUACAGCCCCAGGGAGUUCGAGAGCUGCUACCGCUACUACCUGGACCGGAAGUGGCUGCAGCACGAGAACGCGCGCACGGAGGACGGGAAGGAGGAGCUGCGCUUCCUGAGCGGCUCCAACCCGCGGCAGCUCGAGCGCCUGGCGGCGCCGCUCUGACGCAAUAAAGGCGGCGGCGGGGCCGGUCCCGCCCGCUCCCGGUGUCCGCGUCCGUUUGUGCGGGGGGGGGG